UUUCUUUUGCCACACACAAAAGCCUCUAAGAAUAUGGAUAGUAGAAUGCUGUGCCUUGCAGUGGUUUCCCUUCUUCUAUCUGUGUUCUUGGAUGCAGCCAUGGCCCAAGCUCAGGGCAAUGCCACUCGAAAGAAGUAUCCGUACGAUGCAGCUUCGACUCACUAUAGCGUGCUCUCCCCGAUGCCAGGGACCGGGCAGGAACGCGUCUUCUGUGAAGCCAGGGGGGCCUGCAACUACAAGACUCUCACCUGCCCAACUCAGUGCCCUCAGAGGAAACCUAAGAAGAACAAGAAACAGAGAGGCUGCUUUGUAGAUUGCAGCAGUGUUUGUGAAGUUACCUGCAAAUGGAGGAGGCCUAGGUGCACUGGCUACGGUGCAUUGUGCUACGACCCCCGGUUUGUGGGUGGCGAUGGGGUGAUGUUCUACUUCCACGGGGCGAAAGGGGGGGACUUCGCGAUAGUCUCAGACGACAACCUGCACAUCAAUGCACAUUUCAUAGGGACUAGGCCACGGGAGAGGACUCGCGACUUCACAUGGGUUCAGGCUCUAGCAGUGAUGUUCGACACCCACACUCUAGUCCUAGCAGCCAAGAGAGUCUCAAACUGGGAUGACAAUGUGGACUCCCUAACUGUGAAGUGGGAUGGGGAGACUAUAAAUGUCCCCACAGAAGGAGAGGCAGAAUGGAGAGUGAGCACAGGAGACAGAGAAGUGGUGAUAGAGAGAACAGAUGAUGUGAACACAGUGAAAAUGACAGUUUCUGGGCUGCUGGAAUUGGCUGUCAAAGUUGUGCCUAUAGGAGAAGAGGAGAACAGAGUUCACAACUACCAAAUCCCUGCAGGGAACGCUUUCGCUCACCUGGAAACACAGUUCAAGUUCUUCGGUCUAUCAGACCUCGUCGAGGGAGUUCUGGGGAAAACUUACCAGCCUGCAUAUGUUAGCCCUGUCAAGAGAGGUGUCCCUAUGCCUAUGAUGGGUGGGGAAGACAAAUACAGAACAUCAUCCCUCUACUCACCUCUCUGCAAAUUUUGCAGGUUCCAGAGACCCUCUGGGAGGGCUGCCACAAUGUAAUCAUCAUAAUAAUGUCAAUUAACCAAUAAAUGUAACAGGUUUCAAACACUUGUUUUAACCUUUUAAGUAUAUAUAUGUAUGCAUUUCUUGUCAAUGGAUUUAAAUUAUCUGUA